CAGGGGAAGACACACAGAACUGCAACCAUGUCUGAAGGGUCUGCGAAACCAAAGCCAAAAAUCUCUGCAUCUCGCAGACUGUUCUUGAAGACCAAACUGCUAAAGAAGGCCAUGACUAUGCUGGAAAAUGAAAAACAAGUCAGAAAAGAUGAACGAGCGAGAACCCUUGCUGAGAGAGUCCCAGAGCUCCAACUGUCAGGCCUGUCUUUGCAGGAUCUACAGAAUCUCUGCAAGGAGCUUCACCAAAAAAUCGAUGUCGUAGACGAAGAGCGGUAUGACAUUGAUUCUAAAGUGUCAAAAAAUAACAGGGAGAUACAGGACCUGUCUCAGAAGAUCUAUGAGCUGAAGGGCAAGAUGAAGAGACCGGCCCUGAAGAGGGUGAGGGUGUCUGCUGACGCCAUGUUGGGAGCUCUGCUGGGUGCUAAGGUGAAAGAGUCUGUGGACUUCAAGGCCAACUUGAAGACUGUGAAGAAAGAGGAGGAGAAGAAAGAGGAGGUGACUGACUGGCGUAAGAACGUGGACGCCAUGUCUGGUAUGGAGGGCAGAAAGAAGCUGUUUGAUGCUGGGCAGUAGAUGUUGUGGUGAAUUUCUUUGUGGAGAUGUUUGCUGCUAUAAAAAAAGGUAGAACCAGAAAAUCA